CGACCGCUAUUGCAGUCAUUCUUUUUGCAAGAGUUCGACAGUCUACAAGUCUAUCGUUGAACUGGAAACCAAAUGAUUACAUUCACACCUUUUUCUGGUGCCGCCCGGUCAUCUCAAACUGUUCCACUUGCGUACUUGCUACAGGUUGACGAUAUUCGUAUUCUCCUCGAUUGUGGAUCACCUGACUGGAACCCCGAGAAUAUUGAAACUGAGUCCGGGAAUGGGGUGACUUAUCCUUGGCAAGAGUACUGUGACAUAGUAAGAAAGUAUGCUCCAGAGAUUGACUUGGUUCUGCUGUCUCAUGGUGACCUUGCACAUUCUGGCUUGUACGCCUAUGCAUACUGUCACUGGGAUCUCAGAGCCCCAUGCUAUACUACACUUCCGGUCCAGGCAAUGGCUCGUAUUGCAACAAUGGAAGAUGUGGAAGGAAUUCGAGACGAACAGGAAGUCGACGUUGAGGAGGAGGAGAAUAACGAACCUGCGGUUGCUGAGGGGGCGGAGGGCUCUGAGCCACGUUCGCCAAAGCUGAAGAAUGAACCCAAGAAGUUUGUCGCUACCAUUCAAGAGGUACACGAAGCAUUUGACGCGGUAAACACCCUAAGAUAUUCCCAGCCUACCCAUCUACAAGGAAAGUGUCAAGGUCUGACCAUUACACCAUUUGCAGCGGGGCACACAUUAGGCGGAACCAUAUGGAAAAUAAGAUCGCCUUCCGCCGGAACGAUCGUCUAUGCUGUGAACUUGAAUCACAUGCGCGAGCGACACAUAGAUGGCACUGUCCUCUACCGUCCUGCAGCAGGUGGUGUCUUCGAACCACUUGCCCGACCAGAUCUCUUCAUCACAGAUGCCGACCGCGUAAACGUCGUCACGAGUCGAAGAAAGGACCGCGACGCUGCUUUGAUAGAUGCCAUAAGUGCGACGCUGUCGUCCCGUUCCUCUCUUUUGCUUCCUUGUGAUUCGAGUACUCGUCUUCUGGAGCUCCUGGUGUUACUUGAUCAGCAUUGGAAAUACGCUGAUUUCCGCUUCCCCAUCUGUCUAUUGUCGCGUAACGGGCGCGAGAUGCUUACCUUCGUCCGGAGUAUGAUGGAGUGGCUUGGUGGGACAGUGAGCAAAGAAGACGUCGGUGUUGAUGGAAGCGGAAGAACGGGAGGUACUAGGAGGAGACGUGGCGAUGACGAUGCAGACGACGAGGCGCUGGGAGCAUUUGCAUUGCGCUUCAAGUUUCUGGAGUUCUUUCCUAGUCCGCAAUCCCUUCUGCAAACAUACUCGUCCAAGGAGCCGAAGCUAAUCCUUGCUGUCCCUGCCUCGCUUUCACACGGGCCUUCACGACUACUAUUCUCUGACUUCGCCGCGGUCCCGGACAAUGUGGUUCUCCUGACUGGUCGCGGCGAAGAGGGCACACUGGGACGUAUCCUUUUUGAUAAAUGGAAUAACUCCCAGAGAGGUGAUGAUAAGUGGGACAAAGGUAGAAUUGGUAGCAACGUCAUGAUGGAUGGAGCCAUGACUCUGAAGAUAAACUCCAAGGUUCCCCUUCAAGGUGCAGAGCUGGAAGCCUUCCUUGCAAAGGAGAAGGCGGCAAAGGAUAGGGAAGCUGCUCAUCAAGCAUCUAUGGCUCGUAAUCAACGCAUAUUAGAAGCGGACGAAGACGAGAGCGACGAAGAUUCAGACUCAGACUCGGAUGAAGAAGACGAAGUCGAACGUGCACUUGACGAAAGCCAGAUGGAUACCGAUGAAAUCUCCGAUCCUGCAAAUGGUUCACCGCGAAAACGGAAAAUCACUAAAAAUGAGGACGAUGCUGACUGGGGGCUUGACAUUGAUGAGGGAUUAACGAAACAGCUGCUCUCCUUCGACAUUUACCUCAAGGGGAACGUCUCCAAAGCAACAUCAUUCUUCAAGAGCGCUGGUGGCCAGACCCACCGUUUCCGUAUGUUUCCCUACGUUGAAAAGAAACGGAGGGUGGAUGAAUAUGGCGAAACUAUUGAUGUUGGCAUGUGGCUCAGGAAAGGUAAAGUAUUGGAAAAUGAAGCAGACGAUGAAGCAACUAGGGAGGCAAGACGAAAUCAGGCUGAAGGCGAAACUGAGGCCCCUCGUGAACCUCCUUCAAAGUUCGUUACUUCAGAGGUUGAGAUACAGCUUGCUUGUCGACUUCUUUUUGUUGAUAUGGAAGGUCUUAACGAUGGUCGCGCGGUGAAGAUGAUUGUACCCCAAGUGAACCCCAGAAAGAUGAUCAUCGUCCAUGCCCAGGCUGCUGCUGCCGAUGCUCUCAUUGACAGUUGUGCAAACAUUCGGUCCAUGACGAAAGAUAUACGCUCCUUCUGUCGUUUCUCAAUAUCCUUGAGUGAUGAGCUAUUGAGCACUAUCAAAAUGUCAAGGUUCGAAGACAACGAAGUGGGCUAUGUGACCGGACGCGUUGCGAGCCACUUCAGUUCCACUAUACCCAUUUUGGAACCCUCGGGGCCAGCGAUACCAACGCCGAAUGCAAACAUACUACAUACCCCACGAAUACUAGGCUCCCGGCCCAUUCAGAUUUUACCGCGGUCAACGAUGAUAGGGGAGCUCAAGUUGACUGCACUUAAAAGCCGACUGGCUUCAGUCGGUGUUCAGGCCGAAUUGGUUGGUGAGGGUGUACUAAUUUGCGGCGCUGGGGCAAGGCGGGAUCAAUCCUCUAGUUCUAUACAAGACACAGUUGCCGUACGCAAGACAGGCCGAGGAAGAGUGGAGUUGGAAGGUACCGUUUCCGACAUCUACUAUAUCGUACGCAAAGAGAUCUAUAAUCUCCAUGCCUUGGUAGCAACAUGAUGUACUGUUCCCCAAAC